UGGGAAUGGCAGGCGUUGCCCUCCGAUCACAGCGGCUCUUCCCGAGGGCUUUGUGCUGGUAGCGACAGGCGCUGUGCUCCAAUGGGAGCUCUUCUUCCUUCUACCCCCUCUCUUGGCUCCGCGUUGGGAGCGUCAGGCGGUGUGUCCCCCCUCCUCCCCCUCGGGAGCGCCCCUCCCGCCGGGCUCUUGGCGCACGUGUGCGGCGUCUCCUGGUGACGCCGACGCGGGGCUGACGCCGCGGUCUCCGCGCAGCCCGGCUCGGGGCCAGCCAGAGUUUCCUGUGAACAUCCGUGGAAAAGUAAAGGGAUUUGAAAACUCCAUUCUAGAAAAAAAUUGUGUGGUUUCUGUUACACAGAGAAAUGCUGAAAUUUCAAGAAACUGCUAAGCAUGUCCCUGUUGCCAGAUUUAAUUCUCCUUGCUCUGACGCUAUGAUUGCAAGAAGAUACACUGUUCAGAGGAAACUUGGCAAUGGAAGCUUUGGAAGCGUAUAUCUAGUUUCUGACAAAAAAGCAAAACAAGGAGAAGAAUUAAAGGUUCUGAAAGAAAUCUCUGUUGGAGACUUGAAACCUAAUGAAACAGUUGAAGCAAAUCUGGAAGCACAACUACUCUCCAAAUUAGACCAUCCAGCCAUUGUCAAAUUUUAUGCAAGCUUUGUGGAGCGAGAUAGUUUCUGCAUUAUCACUGAAUACUGUGAGGGUGGAGAUCUAGACUUUAAAAUCCAGAAGUACAAAGAAUCUGGGAAGACAUUCACUCAAAGACAAAUAAUAGACUGGUUUGUGCAGUUGUUACUUGGAGUCAACUAUAUGCAUGAAAGGCGAAUACUUCACAGAGAUUUGAAAGCCAAGAAUAUAUUUUUGAAAAAUAAUCUUCUGAAAAUUGGGGACUUUGGAGUUUCCUGUCUUUUGAUGGGUUCGUGUGAUCUGGCAACUACGUUUACUGGGACACCAUUCUACAUGAGUCCAGAGGCUCUAAAGCACCAGGGCUAUAACACAAAAUCCGACAUUUGGUCUCUGGGAUGCAUUUUAUAUGAGAUGUGCUGUAUGAACCAUGCAUUUACUGGACACAACUUUUUGUCUGUUAUGUUAAAAAUUGUAGAAGGUGAUACACCUUCUCUUCCUGAUAGAUAUCCAAGCGAACUGAAUGCUGUGCUGUGCAGCAUGUUAAAUAAGAAUCCUUCAUUGAGACCAGCAGCAGCAGAGAUUCUAAAAAUCCCUUAUAUUGAGGAACAACUAAAGAAUAUACAGUACGAGUUCACAAACUGGUCUAUGAAAGAUAAGGCACUUAACUGGCAGAAAGAAGCUGCUCCCAUUUUUGAUGUUGUGCAGAGGAAAGUUCAUUUGCAAACUCUGCAGGAACUGUCUGAAGUACAGAAAAUGACACCCCGGGAGCGGAUGAGGCUGAGGAAGUUACAUGCUGCAGAUGAGAAAGCAAAGAAGUUGAAACAGCUGGUGGAAGAAAAAUAUCAAGAAAAUAUCAAAAGAAUGCAAGAAUUCAGGUCCCGUCAUUUUCAGCAACUGAAUGUCAAUGUCCUCCAUGAAUCUGAUGAGCAGACUUCAAAACCCCUAAUUCAUUCUCAGCCAGCCGUUACACACGACUAUGUGUCUGUAGGACAUGAUGAGCCGAGUGAAAAUGAGACAUCAGGUCAAUUCUGCGUGUCUGAACUUACAGACCACGAGAUCCCCGAAGACCCAGAAAUUGCAGAAGAAUAUUAUAAUGAUGAAUUUGAGUCCUGUUCAGAAGAUAGUGAAGAGGAGGAGGAUGUGGAAGCAUCACAGAUGAUCUGGAAGACAAAUCACCAGGACAGUGACAUCGAGGCAAUGGUCAAGUAUUUGGAGUGUGUCCUGAAUAAUAGUUCAUUGGGCUCAAGGACUGUCAUCGGAGUGUCUCCAGGGACGCCCCAGGGAUUCAGAGCUCUCAACAGCACUAUGGCUGAGACCAAACUGAACCGCAUGAGGGAAUCUGCCAUUGGGAAGCUGGGAGCAGAGGUAUUUGAAGCAGUGUACAGCUAUCUCAAGCAAGCGAGACAGCAGAAUGCCAGUGAGGACGAGAUCAGGAGGCACUUGGAGAAACUGGUUUCUAGAGUGAGCGAUUGCUUUGAAGUGGAUCAGCUUCUCUAUUUUGAGGAGCAGCUACAGGCUUCACAAUCACAUCUUCAGCUCUAAAAGGUGUGCCAGUAGCAGCGCUGGAAAUGGCAAAGAGUGCUGAAGGUGCUGAGCUGCCUUCUUCAGACCAGUCAGCAAGUAUGGGGGGAGGUAUUUAAAAGAAACUGCUGAAGGUAAUGUAGUACCUAAGCAUGUGGGUAAACUCCAUUUGAGAAUUCAGACCAUAGUUACAGGGGCAGGAAGAACGAAUGUUUGUGAUGGUGGAAGGGAGUAUUCACCUUCACCAGAGUCCCCUCUUUUUGCCACUUAAGGCAUAAGGAAAAGAUGUUUUCCUGGGCCCUGGCCAGGUGUUAGUCCUGAACUCAAAGCAUCACCGGCAAAGCUGCCUCUGAUGGAAAUGGUGCAGGAUUAGACACCUUAUUAAUCUGGUCCUUGUGACAUUUAAGCCCAUAUUUUUUUUACUUGAGCAGAUUUACCCUUGAACCCAUGUGUAUAUGUACUGCUACUUAGCCUGUGAUUGUCUUAUUAUUUGUUCAAAAGGACUGCAUUUAAUCUGCGUGACUUUCAAAGGAACUAUGAAAUACAUGUCUAUGAGAUAGGUAAAUAUAUCCAUACAGAUAGAGAGAUGUCUAUCCAUAGACUGUAUGUGUGUGCAUGUGUAGAAACAGAGAUGUGAGGCCUGAGCUAUAACUGACUGUUAGAUAGGAAUCCUUACUGCGAAUUCUGAGAGUUUUGGGUCAAAUUCAUUGUACACAGAUGGAACAAUAAACUGAUUUUUUUUUUUUUGGCUUGCACAGGGUUACCAUUAUGUUUUUUCUCAGUUUUUAUGCUCCUUUCUUUAUAGGCAUCACACUUGCGGAUUUCAACUGUGUGUCAUGCUCUGAUUAAAUACCUAGUUCUACCUCUUCCUUCUUCAGUGUGUAUUCUAAGCUCCUUCAUCUAUCUGUGUAAAAUGUUAGAGGAUAACAAGGUGGUACAAUCUAUGAAGGAAACUCAAAUGAAUUGCAGACCAGAUUAAUUUUAGGCAUCAAGCCUUAUCAUAAUUCUUAUGUUUCCUGCUUUUGUGCCACAGUUCUUAAAUGACUCGAAGAUUGAAUUAGAUAAAUUAAAAGAAAAUAAUAAUAUGAAUAUAAAAAAAAUGCUUAUUAGUUAUUAGUUAUUUACAGCUAAGAACCAAAGGACAUACCCAGCUACAGAAGAUGUGGCAUUAUACUUCAAAAUCAAAGUAACAGGAGAUUCUGCCAUGUCUGAUUUCAGCUUUUAUUUGGAAUACGUGGUGUUAGAAACUGGGGGCUACAAUCCACUGUGAUUUUCACUGAGGUAGGGAACAUGUUUUUUCCUUCUGUGUGGUGGUUCAGAUCCCAUAGGUGGAGAGACAGUUUGAAGCACACAUUCUCAGUCAGGUUUCGGUCUCUUUCCUGUUCUUUCUUCUUGUACUUUCACUCCCUAUCCUUCUCAAUGUUGUGUCUGUGUUCCUAUUUCCAUAUUUUUUGCACAUGACCUUCUGAAAACAGAAGUGUCUAAAAUGUAGGAAGUGUAUGUCUAAGAUAUAAAAGGAGUGCUUGGAUGUUGCAGGGACUAAAAUUUCACAGAGCAAACAAUAAGUAACUGACACAUGGUGAGAAUAAUGUCAGGGAGACAAUCUUGACUGCUGCACCUAACUCUGGCUGUGAUACAAAGUGACUUAUCAGAAAAAACUUCAAAACCAGCCUCUGUAAGCAGUCAAUUCCUUUUUAUUAAUGAUGAACACCUCAUCAGACUCUUUUCAUUCAUUGUGCUAGAAAAAGAGACCUGCAUAGGAACGCAACAGGCUUUCUAAGGCAGUCAAGCAAUAGGGAGACCAUUAAAAAGCAACCCUUAAAGCCUGGAAAACAUGGUUUAGCCAUGCAAAUUGCCCUCGGGGAAAUGGUUGCACUCUGAUGACCAGUACUUUUACUUGUUGAAGAAGAAAUCACAGCACCUUUUACAGUUACUUCAGUUGCUUUCUCCUCCCUGCAGGAUAUAACUUUCAAGUCAUGUGAGGAACUGGGGGCUAUUGCUUUACCGGUUGUACACUUUAGACUACUCUGGUUUUGUUUUUUUCCAUCAAUCAUACCACAAACAGGCAAUGUGUUAUACAUAUUAAACUCAGCAGGAAUCUUUUUGUCUUUGAACUGUAGUAAAAGCACAGAAAAAAAUCUGAUAGAUCUGAAAGAAAUUCUUCCUUCAGUGUUUCUUUUGAGGGCCACAUCAACAAGGUGUUAGUGGCAUUAUAUGCCUUCAUUUCUAUUCUCGUUUUCCAGUAAAACUCUGCCUUUUUAGAUCUUGUCCCUUCCAGAAUUGUCAGUGGCUUGUUUGGUUUGAAUUUGCACCAUCCAUACCAGGACUCGCUCUUAUUUCAGAGACAAUGAGGUCUAUCCCCAACAGAGCAUGAUAAAACCCAGUGAAUUUGUCUUCUGUCAUUCUUCCUUCUGUACCCCGGCGAAGGAUAUUCAUCAGGAGUUCCAUAGCUGGCUUCUGGGUUGUUCUUUACUGGUGUUUAAAGGCCUCAGAGUAUUCUCCUGCACUUAUGCAGCUGCACAGUAAGUAACCUUCAGUGGGGAUUUUGUGUGCUAUCACCAGGUUUGCAGAGAUGGGCAUGUGGGUACACAGAAUAAAAGUUACAAGUCCUGUUUCCAGACAGUUGACGUAAUUUUCUGUUUUCCAA